UCACAGCUCUCUCAACUCAAAUCUGCACUAUCUACAGCUGGACUCAAUUCCAACUCUCGCUCGAAGAAGGACAAGAAAGCUGGUAAAAAGUCUGGUGUGAGAGAUGCCGAUCGUUCAAAAACUUUUGAGCGGCUCGAAGAGAUUCGCAGGGGUCUAAACAAAUUCGAUGUGAGAGAGACAAAACUCAAGCAUGAUGUUGGGGGAAGGAACCUAAAGGGGGUUGUAGGAAGGCCUAGUGCUAGUAAACAAGCCGGUCUUGAGCAGAGAAAAAAGACUUUAUUGCCUGAACAUCAUCUUCGAGGUCAUACUGGAUCAUUUCGAGAUCGUCGAUUCGGAGAAGCGGAUCCUACGAUGAGUCUUGAGGAUAGGAUGUUGGAGAGAUACACAAGGGAAAGACAAAGAGGGCAAGGUAAAAAGGGCUUGUUUAACCUCGAAGAUGACGAUGCCUUCGGAUUGGAUGAUGAUGAGGGUCUUGGAGGACUUACUCAUGGUGGUAGGAGUGUGUUGGAUCUACCUACUGAUGAUUUUGUGAAACAAGGUCUGGCUGAAGAGGACGAAGAAGGGAAAGGAACGGUGGACGCGAAGACUGUGCACAGAGUGCAUUUUGGGGGGUUCGAAAGGGAGGGUGAAGAGGAUGGGGAGGAGAGGAAGAAAAGCAAAGCGGAAGUCAUGUCAGAACUCAUAGCUAAGAGUAAGGGCUACAAGCAUGAGCGGCAGCAGCAGAAAGAACUCGACAUUGAUCUGAGGGAGGAAUUAGACGAAGAUAUCGACGAGCUCCGCGCUUUGUUACAAGACAGUGCGCCGGCUUCAGGACCUUCUACGUUGUCUCGGAGGAUGCAGCUUCUGAAGGAGCAAGAUGAGCAGGAUGCCGAUGGUAAUUACGAUCAGGUAGUGAAAACCCUUGCCUUCGACGCGAGAGCCAAGCCGAAGAAUAGGACCAAGACGGAGGAAGAGCUGGCGGUAGAGGAGAAAGAGAGGUUGGAAGAAGCAGAAGCUAAGCGAUUGAAAAGGAUGAGGGGUGAGCCAGAUAGUGACGAGGAGGAAGAAGGUGAUAAGAGACGCAAGACGGAGAAAAGAGGCGAGGCGGAUGAUCUGGAUGAUGACUUUGGAGAAGAGCUCUUGGGGCCGGGCUCAAGUCACGAAGGAGACGAGAACUUGGACGAGGAAAACGACGAGGAUGAGACGGAUGAUGACGAAGAAGAUGAGGAGGAGGACGAAAAUCAGGACACAGAAGAAUUCGGUGACGAAGAUGAAGAUGAUGACGAGGAUGAGGAUGAGGAAGAUGAUCAAGAUAUGGACGAACCACCAGAUCUCGUACCCGUCGAUGAAACCGACCUAGUCAAAUCGAAAAAGAUUGUUCGGGUCAAGACCACUCCCGCUGUGAAAGAAAUACCAUUCACAUUCCCUUGUCCAGCCACGGUAGACGAGCUCGAAGAUGUCCUCUCGGAGCUGGACGACUCUGCACUCCCCAUUGUAAUACAACGUAUUCGGGCAUUACAUCAUCCUUCGCUAGCUCAAGGUAAUAAAGAGAAACUUCAAGAUUUCCUAGGCGUACUGAUCGACUACACUCUUCUCCUCGCCUCACAUUCCCCACCUUCUUUCUCUCUCAUCACUUCUCUUCUACCACAUAUCACCUCCCUUGUGAAGCUCAACCCUCUCUCAGCUGCUCCUCACUUCCUUUCCAAACUGUCCCUCAUGCAGAAAAAUCUUUCAAGAGGAUUAUCAAAAGGUGCUAGUUCUCUCCACUCUCGAACAUAUCCCGGAACACCCGAAUUGGUCUUACUUCGACUGAUCGGUGCAAUUUGGUCCACAAGUGAUUUUUCUCAUCCUGUCUCAGCACCAGCGAUGAUACUUAUGGGACAAUAUCUUGGUCAAAGUCGUAUACGUCAAUUAUCCGAUGUAGCUAGUGGCUUAUUCCUUUGCAGUUUGUUGGCAGAAUAUGAGAAAGUUUCAAAGAGACUCGUUCCGGAAAGUUUGAAUUUCAUCAGUGCUACUUUAUCAGCUCUGCUUCCUCGGAAAUCAAAUACGGAUACGAAGAUUUCUUUGACAGGACCUGAUCUAUUGGCGGAAGGGACAACGUUGACGUUGGUCGUAUCUGAGAAAGAACCGAAUGAACCUGUGGACUUGAACCGUGCUUUGGGUUGGGGUGAUGAGAUGGGGAAAGAAGAGAUCGAACAAGGGAAAGUGGACUUACUGGUCAUGGCGCUCAAGCUCAUCAAGAUUUAUGCGGAAUUGUAUGCGUCCUCAGAGGCAUUUGUGGAAUUGUUUACACCACUAUUACAGAUAUUACAAAGUUCUAAAAUCUCAAAAUUAUCUUCUUCCAUCAAAACUUUACAUCAAACCAUUAUCCUUACCCUCACUCGUCAACUUCACCUAGCCAAUACAUCCCGUCAACCACUAGCACUCCAAUCCCACAAACCAAUCCCGAUCCCAUCCUACGCACCUAAAUUCGAAGCUGAUUUCACCCCUGGGAAACACUACGACCCUGACGUCGAGCGGAACGCAGGAGCAAAACUUCGAGCAUUGUAUAAGAAAGAACGUAAAGGUGCCAUACGUGAAUUACGAAAAGAUAAUCGGUUUUUGGCAGGAGAGAAAAGUAGGGAACAAUCGGAGAAAGAUGUUGCGUAUGCUAGUAAGAUGCGUAAAGUUGAAGGGAGUUUACAAGUUGAAAGAGCGGAGGAAAAACAGAUGCAAAGGGAGAAGAUGCGCGAAAAACGAAGAGCAGGGAGGAAAUAA